AUGGAUUCCUCCCAGACGGCAGCCGGCGGUGAGGGCAACGGCACCACGACCUUACAGUCCACGGACCAAUCUCCAAUGGAUUCUUCAGCCUCCUCCGCCGCUGCCGCUGCCUCUCCAAUCGACGCUCCCAAACAGAACUUGACUCAAGUUACAAAUUCAUUCUACAAAACUCCGGGCAUUCUUCACCAGCUCUACCUCACCGUCGCCUCCCAAUUCCCGAACGCAUCGGAGAAGUGCAGCAUACAGGUCCCAAUGGAGAAUUCGUAUUCUCAUUGUCUCGUGAGCUUGCCCAAACAUCUUCUUGAAGAACUGGAACUAAUGCCUGAUGAAGUUGAAACUUAUAGAGAGAUUCGUGCAGCUUCUACAACUGUGAGUUGUUCUUACGUUUUAUUGAGUUCGUUCACUAGAUGGAUUGUUUUAACUUAG